UUUUCCAGGCUCACCACGCUCGACAAGUAACCGAAACUGGUUUUGUUGCUUCCCAUUCUCUGUUCCCCUUCUACCCCAAAACCCUACGCUCUUCUCUCAAAAUGGAAUAGAUUGUAGGAGAGACAGAGAUAGGGCGUACACCUAGAGGUAAAGGGAGAUACAUAUUGAUGUACAAACGUACAUACACACACACCCCAUCAUGUUUGUAUAUUAUUUUCCAUUAUUGGUAUUUAAAGGCUUUAAAAAGUUGAAAUCUUUUUAAAAAGCCAUUCUUUUAAAACCGGUGGUGAGUUAUAUUACACAUUGUGUUAUAGAAAAAGAUCUUUCUUCAACCUACCUUUUGGCCAAUACACCGAAAAGGUGAGGUGUUUAUGAUUGAUUUGAGUUUGAUUGAGUACAGAAAUACAGAGCGUAAGGUUUUUUAAAUUCUUUUGAUUCGAGGAUAUUUUUAUAUUAUCGCGCAAAUUUUGGGGUUUAGGGCAGAAUCAAUCAAGUAAUCUCUCUCGCACUCUCACUUCCUGGACUGAAUUUUGUUAUUUGAUAUUUUCUCCAUUUUUAAUGGAGGAAAUAUCAUCUGAUAAUAUCCAUGGACUUAUUCUUGCUCUUGCAUCAAGUAUAUUUAUUGGGUCUAGCUUUAUUAUCAAGAAAAAAGGUCUCAUGAAAGCUGGUGCUUCAGGAACCAGAGCAGGUUCAGGAGGCCACUCAUACUUGAAGCAACCAAUGUGGUGGGUUGGGAUGAUUAGCAUGAUUUUAGGCGAAAUAGCAAACUUUGCAGCAUAUGCAUUUGCCCCUGCUAUUCUUGUUACCCCUUUGGGAGCUCUAAGCAUAAUUGUCAGUGCAGUGUUAGCCCAUUACUUUUUGGAUGAACGAAUGCAUAUAUUUGGUGUUGUAGGGUGUGCACUCUGCUUAGUGGGGUCCACAACGAUUGUGUUGCAUGCUCCACACGAGACACUAAUUAGUUCAGUCAAACAAGUGUGGUAUUUUGCAACUGAGCCAGGUUUUUUGGUCUAUGCUUCCAUUGUAGUGGUUGUUGUUGGGAUACUCAUUUACCAUUAUGAGCCACGUUAUGGGCACACACAUCUAGUGAUAUAUGUUGGAAUCUGCUCUCUUAUGGGCUCAUUAACGGUUAUGUGUGUGAAAGCAGUGGGGAUUGCCAUUAAGCUAUCGUUUUCAGGACAUAAUCAGUUCAUAUACUUCGAAACAUGGUUUUUCACCUUGCUACUUCUUGCUUUCUGUCUUAUGCAACUAAACUAUUUGAACAAGGCACUAGAUACGUUUAAUACAAAUGUGGUUUCUCCGGUGUACUAUGUCAUGUUUACUACCCUCACCAUUCUCGCUAGCAUAAUCAUGUUCAAGGACUGGGACAAUCAGAGUGGGGCCCAGAUUGCAACGGAGCUUUGUGGUUUUGUGACAAUUCUAUGUGGGACUUUUCUUCUUCACAAAACUAAGGAUAUGGCCAUGGUGGGUUCACAUCCACAGGUCACAACUGCAGACACAAACUCCAGACAGCUGGAACUUUGACAUAGAGAGAGGCUAGAGGAGAGAGGAUUAUUGUUAAUACUUAAUAGUAACGGAUUAGAAAAUUUAUAGAAGUGGGAAGAGUGUUACAAAUUGGUUAUAAAUUAUCUUCAGGGAGGCCAACAUUCUUUGAUUAUGAUUUUAUACUAGAAUUUGUAAAUGAUAUUUUUUUUUACUAUAUUGAUUAUAUAAGUGUCUCAAAACCCCAA